AUGGACAACUCGACAUCGUACAACUUCACACAGCUCGACCUGUACGACUACUCGGAUAACAACUGCCAUGAUAUCAUGCAAAUCUGGAAUUUCUUGCAAUACAAAGCAACGCAAGACCGCGAUGCUUAUCAGAACUAUGAUUCGGACGAAGGCGUUUAUCGGUACAUUAUACAGGGGUUUGAAGCACUUAAAAACGGUUCACUAGAAACUCCACCCAUGAACCAAAACUUCUGGGACUGGGCUGUCAGAGACAAGCUGCUCCAAGCCUACGUCACGGAUGUCGGCUGGGUUUAUUGCCCUAACCAGUUGUGCGCAGCUCUUGGCUGGGAGGGUAGUCCUGACAUUGCGGGAGUUGGGGUGAGCACCAUGCUCAAGAUGCUCAGGCCGAGAUGA